AUGGCGGACGACAUGCAGCCCAUACAAAAUAACGCAGGGCUUAGCCAAGCUAUGAAUAACGUUCAGCAGGCGCUUCGCGAUUUUAAUGAGUUGUCUCGACAGAAUGGAUUGCAGUACAGACUGCCCUACGAUCAGGCGUAUUUAAAUGCCUUUUAUCCACCUCUACCUCCACCUCUACCUCCGCAAGUUUUAGCAGAUCGAAACGAGCUGCCGCAAGGGCAAGUUCCUGGUGAACAAGCUCUGGUUGUUCAACUUGCAGGUGCUCAAGCUGAUGGUGGUCGUGUUGUUGAGGAUCAAGCUGGUGAUGGUCGUGUUGUUGAGGAUCAAGCUGGUGGUGGUCGUGUUGUUGAGGAUCAAGCUGGUGGUGGUUGUGUUGUUGAGGAUCAAGCUGGCGGUGGUCCUGCUGCUGAUGAUCAUGCUGCUGACAAUCAAGCUGGUGGUGGUCGUGCCGGUGAUGAUCAAGCUGCUGAUCGUGAUGCUGCUAAUGAUCCAGCUGCCGAUGGUUGCACUUCCACAGCUUCAAAAUCUCCGAGAACAAGUCCAAUAUAG